CGGUCAGGUGGAACUGCGGGGCGGGCCAACAGACUGCGGGGCGGACGGUGGUCUCGGUGUUCUCUCAGGUCCCACCGAUCCGACCCCUGCCGUCGCUGCCGCCAUGACGGGGCUGGCGCUGCUCUACACCGGGAUCUUUGUGGCCUUCUGGGCCUGCAUGAUCGUCGUGGGAAUCUGCUACACCAUUUUUGACCUGGGUUUCCGCUUUGAUGUGGCAUGGUUCCUGACCGAAACUUCUCCCUUCAUGUGGUCGAAUCUGGGCAUUGGCCUAGCGAUCUCCCUGUCUGUGGUUGGAGCAGCCUGGGGCAUCUAUAUUACCGGUUCUUCCAUCAUUGGGGGUGGGGUGAAGGCCCCCAGAAUCAAGACCAAGAACUUGGUUAGCAUUAUCUUCUGUGAAGCUGUGGCCAUCUAUGGCAUCAUCAUGGCAAUUGUCAUUAGCAACAUGGCUGAGCCUUUCAGUGCUACUGACCCCAAGGCCAUUGGCCAUCGAAACUACCAUGCAGGCUACUCCAUGUUUGGGGCUGGCCUCACAGUCGGGCUUUCCAACCUGUUCUGUGGAGUCUGCGUGGGCAUCGUGGGCAGUGGGGCCGCCCUAGCUGAUGCACAGAACCCCAGCCUCUUUGUAAAGAUUCUCAUCGUGGAGAUCUUUGGCAGUGCCAUUGGCCUUUUUGGGGUCAUCGUCGCAAUCCUUCAGACCUCCAGAGUGAAGAUGGGUGACUAGAUGAUCUGUACUAGUGGGGCCGUGCCUCACUGUUAUUUAUUGCUGGUUUUCCUGGGACAGCUGGAGCUGUGUCCCUUAGCCUUUCCUGGGCUUGGUGUUCAGGGCCCUCCUGCACUCACCUCUUGCUGCCUGUUGACUUCGAAGGCAUUGCAGUCCAGACUGAACCCCAGUGUUGGGGGGGUGGGCUGCUGAUGGUGACUGUGUACAGCUGUGCACCUGUGUCCUCUACCCCCCAUCCAGCCCCUCUUCCUAGUGUUUGUGAAAUAAACUUGUUAUUUGUCCCGGUCA